ACAAUUUUGGUUCACAAAACGUCGAAAUUGUGACCAGGAACGUCAAAGUUGAAUUGAAUGCCCAAAGAGGUGACGGACGACUUUGCUAUGUCCUUUCACAAGCCUGUCUCUUAUACACAUCUAGAUGUGUAUAAGAGACAGGCUGUCAGCCAGGAAAGUUCUCAGAUCAGCGGUGCUAGGCUCGUGGCGAAGGUGUUGGCUCGUCUGGGUGUGAGGUACAUGUUCGGAGUGGUCGGGAUCCCUGUGACAGCUCUAGCCAGCCAUGCACAGUCUGAGGGCAUCAGGUACAUCGGGUUUCACAACGAGCAGGCGGCGGGCUAUGCGGCGAGUGCAGUUGGCUAUCUGACCGGGAUGCCAGGUGUAUUGCUGACGGUCUCCGGACCGGGAUGCGUCCACGGGCUGGCCGGGCUCAGCCACGCUCAGGUCAACUGCUGGCCUAUGGUGAUGCUGUCGGGGUCCUGUGCCUCGAAGAACGUCAGCAAGGGUGAUUUCCAGGAGCUGGACCAGAUGACAGCUGUCAAGCCGUUCGUGAAGUAUGCUGGGCGUCCGAUUAACAUCAGCGACAUCUGCCACGUGGCAGAAGCUGCAGUGAAGCAGUCGGUGGAAGGCCGUCCCGGCGGCACUUAUGUGGACCUGCCAGCAGAUCUAUUGCAAGGACACGUGUCGACAGACGAGGCAGAGGAUCUCCUGCGUUCUAUAAAUAGCAUCACGACCGUAAACAGCAGCAGCACCGGAGAGGGAGGAGGAGGGGUUGGGGUUGGGGGUGGGGGGGAGGGACCGUUCCCAGGCUUGAUCCAUGCGGCAGCAGCUCUGCUAACUUCAGCUGAGAGACCGUUGGUUGUCGUAGGGAAGGGCGCGGCUUAUGCGAGGGCUGAGGCUGAGGUUCGCCAACUGCUGGCCACCACGGGAGCCCCCGCCCUCGCUACGCCCAUGGGGAAAGGCAUCUUUCCAGACUCCUACGAUCGGUCGGCGGCCGCCGCCCGGUCGCUGGCCCUCAAGCAGUGUGACGUGGCACUGGUCAUUGGCGCCCGAUUGAAUUGGAUCUUACACUUCGGUGGUCCCCCCCGAUGGGACGAGAAGGUGAAGUUCAUUCUGGUGGAUAUAGACGCUGAGGAGAUCAAGAAGAGAAAUCCAGCCGUCGGGUUGGCAGGCGAUGCGAAGACUGUCGUCCGUCGGAUCCUCGAUGAGCUCUCGAAGCUUGGUACGGCACCCCUGCUGGAUUCCCACCCUUGGAUCUCUGCAAUCCAGGAGAAGGCGAGAGCGAACAUGGGGAAGAUGCAGCGAACCCUCUCCAAGGAUGUGUUCCCGAUGAACUUCCACUGUUCUCUCAGGGUCAUCAGGGAUGCCAUCAAGUCGCUUGGCGCACCAGAACCCAUCAUCAUAUCAGAAGGAGCAAACACCAUGGACGUUUCGCGGACCGUGAUCGAGCACGAACAGCCAAGGACGAAGCUUGAUGCCGGAACCUGGGGUACCAUGGGUGUCGGGAUCGGGUACACGAUUGGAGCAGCCGUGUCAGAUCCCAGCCGUCUCGUGAUCGCCAUUGAAGGGGACUCGGCAUUUGGAUUUAGUGCAGUGGAGGUAGAGUGUCCAGAGUAAUUUGGGACCCAGUUUGACAAUGUAUCCAUCCCCCAUUGAAGGUUAGUAGUGCUUGCUUGUGAGGCGCAGCGCAGGCUCUGUCGAAGUCGGUCUUCCAAGUCCGAGUUGUCUUUGUCAGUUGAUCGCUGAGUAUGAACAUAGACAUAGGUUCAGGAAAUGUACACGAUAAUACGAUAUCAGUACGUUCCGGUAGAAAGCAUGUAUUGUACAGAAGUGUCAGGACUGGGAAGUUGAGGGAGAAAAUUGCAAAGUGCCAAAUUUGUGGUGGUCGAAUUGUUUUUCGAUUUUUUUGUUUUUCUCUUUUCAUGCCAGUCUUUCAAACAAUCAUAUACUCGCACGGUGACCAGCUUGGAUGUCCAAUCGGUCUCGUUCUUUUUGUUUUAAUAGAAUUAGAAUUUGUAGAACAUUUCGUUUGAUUGUUUUAAGAGAGCAUUUCAUCGUCGGCUUGGCUCCUUGUCCUUUCCGGGGAGUUGAGUAUUGUGCACAUGUAA